AUGAAAAUUUUUAUUGUCAUCGCUUGUUUAGCAUGUGUCGUUAAAGCAACGACAAUGGCCGAACAUAAACAGAUGUUGAUGGGAAUUGCACAAGAAUGUAAAGCAAAUGAAGAUGCGACUGAUGAUGACAUGGGAAGAUUAGUUGAGAAGAAGCCGCCAACAACGAAAGAAGGAAAAUGUUUGUUCGCUUGCAUUAUGGAACAAAUGGAUGUUAUACAAGAUGGAAAGCUCAGCAAAGAAGGUUUCUUGGAAUUCGCAAGUGUCAUAAUUGACGGCGAUGCUGGAAAGAUGAAAGUUGCUGAAGAAUUGGCAAAUGAAUGUGGAGCAAUCAGAGAUGACGAUCGAUGCGAAUUAGCUUAUAAAGCUGGUGGUUGUGUUAAAAUGGCUGGAAUGAAGAGAAACAUUGAUUUCGGAUUUUAA